AUCGCGUCACAGUCACUUUUGUUUCACCUUCUACCUUCACCGCCGACCACUAAAAACGAAUUGGUCUCACUGUCGGUGUCAAAGUUACAAGUUGAUAGUGACGCUGCUUGGGGUGAUUCUGUUCAUGGAACACAAACGUAAGGCGCAGGGCGAGGGGCAGGUCAAGGGACAAGACAAGGCGGGGGACGUCGACGACGGGACCAGCACCAGUAACGAACAGCCGCCACCGAAACGUGCUCGCCCGACAUCAGUACCAUCCGAACUACCUGAUGUUAAUGGCAUCAUCCUCACAGAGUUUGUCGAGAGAUAUCUUCCCAAGACGUGCUCCAACGAUGCAGACAAGGUUUAUAUCCUCUAUAAGCUCGUUAAUGAACUCUGCGGGAACUCCCGGUGGAAGAACGUCCUUAACCUUAAAUUCACAGAUCUGAGGUACUGCGAGAACGCUGUUACAAACGAUGCCGAGUUGGGGAACAUUGUCGGCGAUUGUUUCAAGACGAGCGAUUGGAAAGCACUCUUCGAGGAUCCAAGAUUGCGACGUCGACUUUCAAGUAGUGGCGAUAUAACAAAGUAUUUCAAAGAAGCAUUUGAGACGGAUUACUGUACCCCACGCCCCGAUAUUCUUCUACGUAUCAUGGACACAUACAAUAUACACACGGAAUACUAUAAUCGCUCGUUCCCUGUUGUCCAGUCGUCGGGGAUGGGCAAAUCGCGCCUGAUGGAUCACUCUGCCACACUUCGGUUUACGAUUCCUUUCGUCAUCCAUGAAGAGAUGGACUUCGGUGCAGAGACUUACCCUCCGUUUGACCACCAAGUUCGCGAGUUUCUCACGACAGGAUUCGAGUACGACGUGGAUACCGUGACACGACCUCUUGUCUUCUUGCAAGCUCUGUUUAGCGAAACGGUCGCCGAACUCCAAUCAUAUAAAAAAGGAACGCCACAAGAGAUUGCUGGUAAAUGGUACGAGUGGAUGAAGGACGGGUCGACUGUAGAUAGCGUGGGUACAAACAGAACUAUGUUCUAUGACCGAGUGGUAGAAAAGGCUCGAGAGUUGAAACGUUCAAAGCCCGCGAAUCACCAGGAGCUUCUUAAACGUCGUGCAGAAGCUUUGAUCACCGUAGUUAAAUCAUUCGUCAAUCGUUUAGAGGAGCUUUACGACAGGAGAGCUGAAUUCUCUGCGAUUGUCUACUUUGACGAAGCCCACACGUUGUUUUCAACGUCGAAUGGACCACAUAACCGCACCCCUUACUACGCUUUGAUGCGCGUCUUGCACAUAAUUUCCAACGAGCGGAUCUUCUUUGUUUUCCUGUCCACAGACCCUAUCCUUAUACGGUCCACGGACUUCAAACCCCCAACUGUCGCAAAGGCUGCAUGGUACCCAUCCAUUCGAGUCCAAAAAAGUAACGAACUUAUCCCGCCCUUCUUCGAGCUUCCAUUUAAUGCCUUUUGUCGAGGGUUCACAACACAGGCAAAGGAGGAAGGAAAGUUGACGCUUGUAGGAGUUUGCGAGCUGGGACAAAUGGCCAAGUUUGGUCGCUCGAUGUGGUACGCUUAUUGUCAGAGCCUCCCGAAGGCAGAGAAAGGCAAAACGAUUGAUCUGGCAGUGACGAAAUUGCGAGGUGGUGCCUCCGAGUCAUCCUCUGGACAUCAUGCAGAUCUGGCGGCACUUGAUUUACGAGUUCAUAUUGAGUUUGAUGGCCUUCAAAGGCUCUCGCGCACAACACAGGACGAACUUGUGAAAUCGCAUAUGCGAUGCGUCUGCAACAUUCCUGGAGACCGAGAAUACGUUGAAACCGCGUAUCUAUCUGAGCCAGUGCUGUCGGAAGCAGCAGGACGCAUCCUCAAUUCCGACGUGUCAAUUGUCGAUAAGGCCCCGGAUAUACUUGAGGAUGCUUUGAAAACUGGGUUGCUCGCGCAGGAGGAACGUAGGCAACUCGUCGCUCGAACUCUUCUGACCGUCGCACACGACGAGGCUGCUAAGCUCGAUUCAAGUUCGACAUUUGAACUGCUGUACCAUCGGCCAAUCCGACUAGUGGUGUUUUUGGAGAAGCUUCUCGCACCCGAAAUCUGGGAAUCGGUCCGCCACGCCACCCCUGUCCACGCAUACAAGGAUGAUCCCGAACUCGAAGUCGCCUUUGCCAACACCUGGCUAAACUUUUCCCAUUUCGUCCGCCUUGGCGACCCCGAAUUGUUCAAUCUGCAGUUUGCAUCCGAACUGCUCAAGCGAGGGGCGGCGAUGCAAACCUACAAUCAGCAAAACCAGGACGUUGGAAUACCACUCCAUAACGGGGAUCCAACCUCGAUGAUUUCUCUAGAACGAACAAGCAUGGCUCAAAUCAAAGUGCUGAAUAUCCCGCAACGCAUAGCUGUAUCUCCAAACCCGAGUCUGAUUGGAGAGUGUCACGACGAUUUGCCGAUCCUGUCUGUUUCCAUGCAGCUCGGGGUGGAGAAGUUCGGAGUCGAGAUUAUGACAACGCAAAUAGACACCGACACACCCUCUGCCAAUACACCCUCUAGCGCGAGCACUGCUCCGGUUGAUAUUGAACGACGCCAUUAUUCUAUCGUGCUCUAUGGCUGUACUGCGGACACGUACUCCUGCGUCGGUAAUCACGAGUCAAAGUAUCAGAAGCUCCUUCAAAAGCCAAAUUGUUUCGACGACUACUCAAGGAGGCAUAACCCAGAUCUUCUCGAUGCAGUUCGCAAAUUGGCGUCGGAAUUGAACGACAUCGUUUGGCGGAAUUGAUGAAUGUUGACAUUUCUACUUGCGUUGCAUUUGCUUUGAACAGAGACUUGCCAUAUGGUGAAGAGAAGGACAACCUAAAGAGAGUGCCCACGUCGUGGGGAGGCAAGGGAUAAGUUGGCGACGGAUCCUUGGUAAGGAUCUCACUCUGUGGUCAAUGGUAGCACGAGGCCGAUGUCCUCAGUUUGACUCCCUUCAAGGCUAGAUUGUUUUUUUUUUGUUCCAGUUUUCUGCCGGUUUUUUGUCACUUAAAGCAUGUGGGUCAGCGGCCAGCACUUCUGCGGGAUAGAACUACAAUUAAAAUUUCGAAAAAGUACAUGGGGGUUUCAGAAAG